AUGGAGAAGGAUCAUUCUAACCGAUCUAGGCCUCUUGCCUUCAAUCUCUCUAAAUUUGAUGAUUGGAAAGUGAGAAUGCAGGCACAUCUAUCGGCCAUUCACGACGAAAUGUGGGAUGUAAUAAUCACAGGACCUAUCACUGUUAUGAUGGUGAACACUCAAGCUGAUGCACAAGGAGCUGACGCAGAACCCAUGAUACCAAAACCGAAGUCUCAGCUCAACUAUGAUGAGAAAACCCGAGAAAACCUGGACAACGUUGCUCGCGAUAUCCUCUACAAAUCUCUGGACGACUCGUUGUUCCCGAGAGUUCGUAAAUGCAAAACAGCAAUGGAAAUCUGGAACGUUCUCAUGAAUUUGGGAGAAGGAAAAGAGCAGGAGAAAGACAAUAAACCCACGAUGGUCAUGAAGAAGUUUGAAGAGUUCAAGAUGAUUCCUAACAAAGCUAUCACUGAUAUGGAGCUCAGAUUCACUAAGCUCAUGGGUGAUCUCUCGGACCUCGGAAAGGAGCUCACUGGAAAGGAGAAAAACUUGAAGAUUCUUCGAGGACUCCCGAAAUCGUAG